GUGACAUCGGAAAGCCCCCUUUUUUACUGGCGAUAAAAGCCCUCUGAUGAUGGAAAUUCUGAAAGUGGACGUCGUGAAAACGAGAGAAGAAGUUCCGAUUUCUGGUCCUAUGAGUGGAAUGCUGGCUCUACUUCAACCGAGUGGUGAAACUAAAGCAAGCGCAAUCGUUAAACCUCAUAAGUGUGUCGACGUCAAUGUCAAUGUCAUUACCUCGUCCAUGGAGUUUAAACAAGGCAUUCAAUCGAAUCUGUCAGAACAGUACCCUAGUUUUUUCAAACAAUUGCUCAAAUCCCAUCUCUCUGGUAAAUUUUAUUUGGGCUUACCGAAGAAAUUUUGCGAUGCUCAUUUGCCAAGUCAUGAUGAUGCUGUUAUUCUUGUCAAUGAAUCCAACCAAGAAUACACCGCAAAAUACUCAUUUCGGAAACACAGACUCUGCUGUGGUUGGAGAUGCUUCUCUAUCACGCACAAAUUGAUGGAGGGAGACGGUUUAAUAUUCAAUCUGAUCGAGUCUUGCAAAUUUAGGGUAUGCAUUAUUCGAUCCGGAAGAUUAUCCGAAAACAACGAUGGAUCAUUGAAUGUCCAAACAUACGACAUUCAAAAUUGCAUCCCGGUGGUCACCGCAGUGAAAAUCGAGAACCAAACCGAAGAAAAGACUCGUACAGGCGAAAAUCCGGGACCACCGUACAAACAUAUCAACGGAGUAAACGGCCACCACCACGAGAUGAACAAGGCAAGAUUCGUAGCGCAAUACGGGAACACUGUCGUCGACCAUUUCACCCCGGAUCUUCCCGAAGGCAUCAGAUAUCCCGAGUCAACUUCCGUUCCCGGCUUCGAAGACCUUUCCAACUUCAAGAUCCGCGUCGACGAACACAUUCUCGAUUCCGAGAUACCAACGAACAUCCGAAUCAAGUACUACCAGCUCUGCUGCAGCCAGAAGACAUUUCUUCACACCCAUCUCAUCAAAGGCCUCAGCUGCAAAUUUUCCGGCGCGAUGAUCAUCGAAACCGUCGAGAUUUCCGACGCCAUCCGAUCCUCCGACCUGUCGACGCCCCUCCACCAGCUCGAAUGUUGGGACAAAACUCUCAAAGCAUUCGAGGAUCUCGGAAUGACGGUCGGGUUCCUACGCACCCGGCUCAGCAAGUUAAUCAGCGUCUUGCGGGAAUCGGGCCGUGUUUAUGAGUCGAAGAGACAAAAAACCGCGCAAGCUUAUAGGGAGAUUGCGGCGACGCCUAUUAAUAUCGAAUCGUCGAUGGGAAGUAUAGCCGUCGCCGAAGUUAAGGUUCUCAAGUAUCGAAACGAGAAGCUCGGCCUCGACUUCAAGGAGCUCGUCACCGCCCCGUGGUGAAAAUUCCGGUCGGCUUUUUUUUUUUUUUUUUUUUCCGGUCACAUUGGAAGAAGCCAUUUCAGUACAAAGUGCCCCCAUUGUUGAAGUAAUAUGGCUCUGGUUACAUAUUAACUUUAGAGAUUGGCUAUAUUCAAAUUUUAAAAUUUUUUUUCCCAAAAGCUCUCAUGUCUUGUCUAAUUUUAGUACUAUGAUAAAAUCUUAUUUUAUCUUCACAAUAAUUUUCAAAAUUUAUCCAAAUGACAAUUGAAUUGUCUAAAUUGGACUAUGAUAGUUGACUUUGACUUAA